AUGGCUACCGGUGAUCAUUAUUCCCACGAUUUCGAAGAGGAACGUAAAAGCUAUGUUUUAUGUGAAACGAAACCAUUCCAGCAAGCCCGAGAACGAACUUAUUUACAGCUGGUCUCCAGAUCGUAUCCGUGUCGAAUAAAAAUGAAAGACGCCGGAUGGUUUAUUGUUCAUUGUGCAGAUGAGUUAAUCGCUGUUUGUUUGUAUUGUAAGAAGGCAUGUCGAGGUUGGAGUCGACGUUAUGAUCCAUUAAAAGUUCAUAGAUUUCUGUCCCCUAAAUGUGUUUUUGUCCAAUCUGCUCACAGUGUACAAACACCAUCGUCACCUAUUGUUGCCUCGGUUGGUCGCCAUCGUCGAGUUCGUCCAUCGUCCGAUCGUAUGGCUAUAGAACAUCGAAGGAGCCAUUCUUUUCAACAGUGGCCACCUCAAUAUGUCCAUCCACCAUUCGAUGUACUUGCCGAGUCUGGAUUAUUCUACAAUGGUCAAAAUACGGUUGUCGAAUGUUUUCGUUGUCACGGUCAACUGUUGAUUACACGUCAAGACGAUAAUCCGAUGACAGCUCAUACAAAUCAAUGCGAUUAUGCAAGGCACCUAAGAAACGAGCCCAUAGCACAGCCGCUCGUCAUACCACCAUCGAGCAAACUUUACACAUAUGAGGUAAACGAAGGAAAUGAUUCGACUAUCUUUUAUCUGCAACCUGUACACUCAACAACACCAGGAAUCCUUUUAUCAGCAAAGAUAAACCUUCCACGUGAACAAAUAUCUGAAACAUCGCAUACAAUUCUCAAACAAUUAACCGUCGUUGAUCAUCAACAUCGCAAAAUUAAUUGGAUGACAAGUUCAGACGGACCACUGGUUGCUAUUCUUAAGGAUCUAGCAACUAAUCCUAUUGAAUUAACAGAGAAUGAUUCAUAUUUAUCUCAAGAAGAUUUCCCCUCAAUUGAAAACACAACUUCAACUUCCAUAUGUCGAACUUGUUUACGGGAAAAUGUUUCUCCGUAUAGUGUUUCAAGUCGAUGUGCUCAUCUUGGCCUUUGCUACGAAUGUUCCCGCAACUGGAACACAUGCGUGAUAUGUGGCUUUACUUUGGGAAGGUCAUUGCGUAUCUAUAACGUCUAG